AUGAGGUUUAAAGUGAAUGUCAGUGGUAAAGGAGACAAAGUUGUUUCUGUUGAUGGUAAUGAAAAGUUAUUAGGUGAACUGUUACAGGAGAUAGCAGAAACUUUUGGGAUAGAUAUGGAUAAUGUCAUCUCUGUAAGGUUUGGUUAUCCUCCUCAAACGGUGAAAAUAAACGAUGAAAGUAUAGUCAGACCAUUAGAGGAUAUUGGAUUAUCAUCAGGUGAGAAGAUCGGAGUGACAUUAAAGAAUGACAAUGAUAUGAGUAAUAUUUCUCCACAGAAUAAACAGAAUAAUGGGGAGGUUGCAUUGAAGGAUAAUCAAAGUUCAUUUGUUGCAGAUGAUGGAGUUAAAUGGAUUUUGCAACAACAUGUUGUCCCAGAUGAUAAUUCAUGUUUAUUCCAUGCCAUAUCGUACUGUAUGUAUAAGGAUAUAUCCCUUUCGAAAGGUUUAAGAGAGCGUGUAGCAAAAGAAAUCAUGCAAGAUAAAGAGACAUAUAAUGAGGCAAUCCUUGGUAAAGCACCACGAUUGUAUAUGGAUUGGAUCCUUCAAAAGGAUUCAUGGGGUGGUGGUAUUGAGAUUGCUAUUCUUUCCAAAGUAUUAAAUGUGGCUGUAUACGUUUUGGAUAUUGAUGCACUAAAAUUUGAAAAAUUUAAUGAGGAUAAAUAUGAUGAAUUUAUAAUCAUAUUGUUUAGUGGUGUCCAUUAUGAUGCUAUUGAAUCGACAACAAAGAAGACAGUAUUUAAUGUUAAGACCGAUGAAGCAUUCUGUCAAAUGGUUCUUGCUUGUUCUUUAGAAAUCGCUACAAAGAUGAAAAAGGGAGGUAAAUCUUUCAAUUCUCAAAAGGCUAAUAUCGUUUGUAACAUAUGUCAUAAGACGUUUAUGGGUGAAAGAGAGAUAGCGAAACAUGCAGAGAGUACAGGACAUACUGAUUUUGGGCAAGCUUAA